AUGUGGAAUGUAUUUAACUUUACCAAUUUUGAUGAUAAAUUUAAAAACCCAAAAAAUGAAAAAGAAAUAUAUACUCACGAAGAUUUAAGAUAUUAUUUUGAAAAAUUGAUAAACAUAAAUUUAAAUAAUGUUAAUACAAAUAAUUUUACCGAACUUUUAAGAAAAAUAACACAAAUAACAAUAUGGGGCGACAAACAUGAUGACCAAAUUUUUCAGUACUUUUGUGAAGACAAUAUUUUCACCCAUUUUAUUUACUUGCUUCGCCAAGAUAUAAAUAAAACCAUAAGAAUUCAGGUUUAUCAAUCUUUAACUUUAUUGAUUCAAAAUUUACAAAAGGAUAUUUCCCUAUAUUACAUAUUUAGUAAUAAUAAAAUUAACAAUCUAAUAUAUACAACUUUCAUAAAUCAAGAUGAAGAUAUCAUUCCCUAUUAUAUUUCUAUGAUCAAAUCUAUAUCUUUUUUCUUAAAUUAUGAUACUUCUAAGUUUUUUUUUAACGAAAAAAAUAAAAAAUUUCCACUAUACACCGAAUCAUUGAGAUUGUACAAGUUCAAUGACAUAAUUACAAGAACAUAUGUGAAAAAUAUUAUUUUGAAUAUUUUUAAAAUUGACGAUGAAGGGAUUGAAAAUUUGAUUUUAUUGAGGUCUUCCUUUUUCGCAGUUUUAGUUUGUUAUUUACGAACACAUUUAAUAAAAAUAAACAAAAUAUAUUCAAAAAUAAAAGAAUCUGAAAAAUUAAAUAAAUUGUUUAAUACUUAUUUGGAUGAAAUUGAUGAUGUCUUAUAUUUUUUUGAAGAUAUGCUUAAUUGUAACAAGAAGAAAAUUAAUGAUAUGCUAAUAUUAAAGUUAAUUAUUUAUUUUUAUUUUCCAAUUAUUGGAUCAUUUCAUAGUUCUAUUUAUUGUGAUUUGAUAAAUAUCGAAAAAGAUAAUGACAAUAUUCAAAUUUAUAAUUCAAAUAAAUAUGAUCAAAAUACAAAACAAGAACAUGAAUCUCAUCUUAAAAUAAAUAAAAAAAAUGAAUGUUUUGAUUAUUUAUAUUUUUCGGAAAAUAAUGAAAAUAUUGUUGAUAGUUCGAAAAUAUUUAAUCACAAAUUGAUUGAACAAAAUGAUAAAAACACAUCUACUAUUUUUAUUCAAAAUAAAAAAAAUACAGAUAUAAAAGAUUUACCUUGUAUUCAAAAUAACCAGCCAGAGAUGAUAUUAUAUUCUUCUAAAAAUGAAGUUAGUAUCGAUAUUAGUCUAAAAAUGGACAAAAAUAAUCAAAGUGAUGAACAAACGCAGUUUGAUGAAAUAAAAAGGGAAACGCUUACAAAUUUCGAAAUAAAUGAAAAUUCAAAGUUAAUACCCCAUUUUAAUGAUAUUUCAAAUGCACAAUAUGAUGAAGGUAUACCCUUUUUAAAAUUCAUAGACCGAGAAAAUGUAGAUAAAAAUAAAAAUUUUGAUUUUUUAAAAAAUUUAUCGUCAUCUAAUAUAUCAUCCACAAAUUCAAGUGCAUUUUUUAACGAUAAAAAUAACAAAAAUUAUGAUAAUGAAAAUAAUGAGGAAAAUAUUUAUAUAGAAGAUUCUAAACAUAUAGAAUGCCAAAAUAAGAAAAACGAUAAAAAAAAUGAAGAAGCUAAUUUAACAGAUGGAAAACGAAAUAGUUUAAAAAAAAAAAAAGAAAAAAAAGGAACUAGUGCUUAUGAUUUUUUAUAUUUUAAAGGAAAAAACAACUCUAAAAAAGACAAAAAAGGGAUAGAAAAAAAACAAGAUGCUGAUCAAUAUUGCACAAAUUAUAUAAAAGAAAAUGAUUUAAAAAGUUCACAUUUUCAAAGAAAAAAAAAAAAAAUAUAUCUUCAGAUGGAUUCAAGUUAUGGUGUGUUGCAUAAAAAAAAAAAUAAGACACCAAAAUCAAAAAUUGAAGAAAAUUUUGAUAAAAAUAAUGAAAUUAAAAAGAAUGAUGGUUCCGAGAUAAAUAAAAAUGAAGGUAACGACCUUGAUCAAGACAAUUUAUCAGGUUGCUUUCCAUUUUCUUGGUGUUCUAGUGAAAUAAACGAAUUAAAAAAAUUAUUAAAUAAUAAUAUGAUAUUAGAAAAAAAUAGCGAACAAAAUAUAUGGGAUAUGUUGCAUUUAACUAUUCCAAUAUUAUCAAAAAAAAUAACUUUUGAUGUAAACAUAAAUAAUGAUAUUUAUAAAUAUAUAUUUAACUUUAGUUCCUAUAUAAAUAAAGUAUUAGGUUAUUAUGAUAAUAAUUUAAGUGCAAUUAAUAUAUAUUAUCAACUUUUCAAAUUAAGUCUAUGUUUGCAUCCAACUUGUUAUGUAAAUUCACUAAACAAUUUUACAGUAUUAUAUAAUUAUAUUAUUAACACAAAUGUAUCAUUAUUUAUACUAAUUAGAUCAUUGGAUAUACUAAAAAAUAAAAAAAUAAAUAAUAUUGUUUAUUCGUUAAUAUUUGGAGAAUAUAUUCAUGUAAAUUUUUUGCAUAAAAUAUUAUUAAACGAAUUAAAAGAUCCACCUUUUUAUAAUUAUUUCUUUGACCCUUAUAAAAAAAAAAAUACAAUUACACAAAUAAAAUCAAAUAAUGAUAUAGACUAUGAAAAUGUAUAUUCAAAAUCAAUUGAUAAUUUGAUACCAGAAUAUAAUAUCGAAGAAGAAAUUAUGUUUUCUAAUUUGAUAGAGCAAUAUUUUGGAAAUACAAGUAUAGAUUAUUUGAAUCUUAAAAUGGAAAAAAACAAACCUGAAGAAUAUCCAAACAUAAGCAAUCAACCAAAACAAGCUUGGGAAAAAGAAAAUGAUGAUUUAAAUAAAUAUAACGAAUUAAGCAAUCCAAUAUUAUUAAAUUUUAUACUUUUAACAAAUAUACAAAAAGAAAAAAAUAUUAAAAAAUCUGAUAAAACUAAUAUAAAAAAUAAAAUUUCAGACAUUUAUUUGUUAUUAAGUAUACAAUUUAUUUCUAAUUUUAUCGAAAAUUAUAAUUAUGAUUUAAAUAAUAUUCAUAUAUCCUUUUUUAAAAUUUCAAAACAUAAUUUUUUAUACGUUUUAUGGAAUGUUAUAAAUAUCCAUAUAAAUAAUCUAUAUUUAAGAAUUAUUACAUUAAAAUUGUUAACUAAUUUGACUUUAAUUUACAUUGGAAAAAUAACAGACAAUUCAGUUUGUACUGACUUUUGUUUUCCUCUUUUAAAAUUAAUAAAUAAAAUUAAGAAAAAACUAGCAAACAAAAUUAAAACAAUUAUUGAAACAAUGGAAUACAAAGCGUGUCAAAUAUUCUGGGAGGAAUGUAAAAUUUAUGAAAACUGUUUUCAAGAAAAAAUAAAUAUUUCGAAAGAUUCAAUACUGAUUAGCAUUAUAAAUGGCGUAAAUAACAAUGAUGAUAAUUAUUUGUUUUACCCAGUUUCUCAAAUAGAAAUAUACAGAAGAAAUGUUCAUGCUUUGUUUGUUCUUGAUGGAUUAUCCAAAAAAUUGAACAAAAUUGUCUCAAGUUCAGAAAGUGAAGAAACUAUUACCAUACCAUUUGAUUUUAGCUAUAACAGUAUAACGGCUUUAAUUGAUAUAAAAAACAAAAAUAUGAUUAAAUGCUACUUGAAAAAUAAUAAUAAAAUUUUCAACUGUUACUAUAUUGAAGAUGAUACAAACUUUUUGUUAUGUAUCCCUUCAAACAGUCAUGCAAAUCAAGGAUUAAUAAUAUUUAGUUAUCCUCUUAUGCUAAUUGAUUUAUAUAUUGAUAAAAAUGACAAUAAAAAAUUAAUAUUUUAUGUCUAUAGUUAUAAUAAUGAAGAAAAUAAUAAUAUUGAAGAUUCAAAUUUUACUAAUUUUAAUAAUUCUGAAAAAAUAUUUAAUGAAACUCCCCUUGACAAUAAUUAUCAAAUUCCUACUCGAAGUUACAGUUCAAACAAUGAUGAUAAUUUAAUAGAUUGCAAUGUUAAAAUUUAUAAAAAUGAUUAUAUUUUAAACAAUUAUACUGCAUCCUACAAAAAGAAUAAAACAAUAACAAAUGUUAAAAAAGAAUGGUGUUAUAAAGAAUUAACUUUUAUGAAAAAUGUUUUGAAAUUAAAUUUCCAUGACAGUAUAAGAUCUCUAAUUGCAUAUAAAGAACUAAAGUCGGGGAUACAAAAAAUCAAUGAUAUAUACAAGGAAAAACUACAAAAUCAUCUUAAUAAAUAUUAA